AUGGGCUCUAUCGAAGGAGAACAGCCGACUGAACAGAAGCCGACCCCAUUCAACCUGACUGAAGUUGAUCGCCAAGUCCUCUCUCAAACAGACGAAGAGUUUGUCUUUCAUGACUGGGAAGAUCUAAAAGGAAUAAUUGCUCGAAAUGACCUCGCAAUCCUCCGCCGGAAACCAUCCGAACUCCGGCGCUACAUAGCCUGGACAAACGACAUCAAAUCCACCUUCGGCUCCAUCACAAAAUACAUCUGCCUCAAACGUCUCCAAUGGUGGAGUCCAGACCCUUCUGUCAACUUGAUAGAGACCCCUAUUCCAGAGAUUCCUUACAAGAAUGUAGUCCCGUUCGCAGAUCCAUUCGACUAUAAAGUUCUGCGUAACGACUGGCCUUAUGGCGUAACACCGGAUAUCACGCAUAUCGUCGUCUGGUCCAAAACCCCCAUUGCCACGAAGCCCGAGAAUGGGGAUGUAACAGAUGAGUCUCGAGCAUUCAUUGAAGGGUUCGUAGAUCGGACUUUUGUUCAGCGUUUACAAAAGGAUCCGGCGUUUGAAAAUUCGGAGAAAGAGGUUAUUAGGAAAGAGCAUGUGCUGUGGUUCAAGAAUUGGGCUGCUUUGCAGAGCGUGAGGAGUUUGGAGCAUUUUCACGUGCUGGUUAGGGGGGUGCCAGAUGCUGUUAUUACCGAGUGGACGGAUGAGAGGGACGUUGUACGAUAG